AUGAAGUCAUUCAAGGACAAGGACAAGGACGCUUCAAAGGACAAGGAGAACGUGUUCGACGACACCGACUCGAAGGAGGCGCCGCCCCCUCCGUACAGCGGCUCAAGACUGUCCAAGACCUUUUCCCGGCUGUCGUCCAACGAGAAGAAGACCAUCGACAAGAAGAAGCCCAUCGUCGAGGAACCACCCGCACCCCCACCCGUCGACCCCGUCACCCAGCUGCCCACGACCUUUCGUGUCGGCACGCACUACAUCCCCCCUCUCGUGACGGUCCCCGAGCUCGUCAACCACCUCGUGUUCCUCGCGUGCCUCAACCGCCUGCAGCAGGAUGUACGCGAAUGCCCCACGCCGAGCGACAGCGAGGGCAAGGACGCGCCAGAGGACAAGCAAGUGCCCGAGGACGUCAAGUGGGGCGCGUUCUGUGAGCGCGCCAGCCACCGGUUCCAGCAGUGGGCGACGAGCGAGCCCAUGAAGGCGCUGUACGACCAGAUCAUGACACGCCCCGCUGGCGAGCGGUACGCGACGCGUCCCGAGAUCCAGGCGGUCCUGUCUUACGCCGACAUUGACGUCCUCAUGGCAUGGCACACGUACAUGCUCAACCCUGGCGCGUACGAGCAGGACAUGGAGCGCGAGGGCGGCGCAGAGGGCAAGCUGCGUGGUCUGAGAGCGCUCGGCGCGUUCCCCCUGUCGUGGAUUUGCGCGCAAAUCGACCCCACCACUUACGAAUACCGCUCUGGAACAAGUGGACGCGCUCUUGUCGCCCUCCACCCGACCGACACGACUGUGGACAUUGCCUGUCCCAAGUGCUCGCACUGGCUCCAGAUCCCACUCAUCGGCGUCCACGGCAAGGGAGGCGGUAUUGCCAUGCCCGAGCUCGAGUUCCCGUGCCCCAACUGCGAACUGGAGGUGACCCACCCUGCGCUGCGGUUUGGUCGCUUUAUCCGCGACCUCCAGGACGUCCAGAGUGGACGCAUCCCAUGCCUGGCCGGCUUGGGUCGCUACGAGACGCCGCCUCCUCAGCAAUCGUUCACUGAGGCUGUCGGUGUCGAAAUGUCCAAGGGCCUCGUCCUCAGCGCGGCCAUGGCGCAGGACAACCUGUCGUAUUCCGAGGUCAACAUGAAGGCGAAAGUGGACCUGGUCAAGCUCGGCAAGCUGUUUGAGUGGUCGCACGACCGCGCACGCGAGGACAUUGAGGGUAUUGCCGUCAAGCACCGUCUCUUCGACGUCAUCAAGACGUCGGCCAUGCUGGGCGCCGGCAGCCCUCAGACGUACCGCCGAACGUUUGCGUACGCGCUUUCACGGAUGAACCGCGUGUACAACGGCGGCAACGGCGGCGUGACGAGCAUCGACCUCGGUCCAGCCAUCAUGCGCCAAGCAGGGUUUAUUGCCAGCAUGGCCGAGCUCGGGUGGCUGGAGACUGCUCGCUGGAAGAACGAGGCCGACACGGCGCGCUUCUUCUUCCUGCAAAAGGCUGCUGCGCGGUACCACGCCUUUUUGGACCUGAUGUACGCGAACCAGUACACGAUGCUCUCGCCGACGCUCGACAUUGACCUCGCGUGGCAUUCCCACCAGCUCCUUGCUGCGAGGUACGCAAAGGACACGCGCCAGUAUGUGGGGCGGUUUAUCAACCACGACGACGCCGUCGCCGACGUCACGCUCAAGCACGCAUACGACGAGACGGCCGCACUCUGGGCCAGCCGCUUCCACACGUCCUACUCGGGCUGCGGGUGCCCCGUGACCGCCAAAGCCACCACGGCUCUGAACCGCGCCGUGCGUCGCGAGAACGCACCGUCGUUCCUGUUCUGGAAGAAGAAGCAGGCAGCGUCCACGGCCGGCACCAUGAAGGGCAUUGCAGCCAUGGGCGCCGGCACGGCGUCGGCCGACGACCGCGCGGCAGAGUGCCCGUCGACCCACAACCGCGUGCACGUCAGCGGCUCGCCAUACCUGGACAUUCUGUACAGCCUGUCGACCAUGGGCAAGGGCGCGGGCUCGACCGACCCAGCCCACCCAGACCCCUUCACCAAGCCCCUCGGCCAGCAGCAGCAGCAACAGCGCAAGCGCGCACCCGCCGACGCCUACUUCUACGACCCGUACUGGGGCGUGGCACCGUACACGGCCAUGGGCCCCUGGGGUCUCGGCAAUCCCUGGGCGCUGACCAUUGGUGUUGGUGCCGGCGUCGCCGUGGGCGUGGGUGUGGGUGUUGCUGCCGGCUCCGGCGCCGCGUGCAGCGCAGGUGUGCCUGCGGGUGCAGCGUGCUGCAGCGGUGUGGGCGCCGCGUGCUCGGCUGCUGUGAACGGCGGUGGACUGGGCGGCAUUUCGGCCUGUGCGGCCAACGGCAUGGCUGGAUUCACACAGUUUGCCAGCGGUCUCGGAGCCGUCGUGCCGAUCCUGCUUCUCGCGCUGGAGCCGUGUUCAGCCCUGUUCUCGACAACACCUCUAAAGUGA